GUGGCUUAGCAGUUUUCUGGCUUGAUGAAGUUAGACUCCGUUUUCUUCAACCUCCAUCACUGUAUCAUACUGACAUGUCCAUAUCCGAUAGAGCAAUUACCUUCUAUCUUACAUAUGCUCUGAUCAUCGGCCUCUCCUUUUAUUUACGGAGGAUCGUAAAUGGAAGGGUCAUAAACUUUUCCGCUAUGAUCAUCGUUGGGCUCAAAAUACAAAGGUUAAGCUCGCAUUACAAAACACUUGAGAUCCAGCUUGCAAAGAUCUCCCCCCGGAGAAGUUUAGCACAGUCUUUCAUAAAUAUCGUACAAGUUUGGCAAGAUGUAAGUACUUCUCAAUGGAAUGAACUUAAGUUACGCCAGCUCUUGGCUCCUUCCGAUAUCCCUUCAGUCCUCCGCAUUCGCCCUAGUCUAUCUCAUUGUGAAGAUUUGGUCAGUUGGAGUUUCACUAAAGACGGACUUUACUCCGACAAAUUGGGUUACAACUUGCUUCGGGAUGAACACCUUACCAGGCCUUCUCCUAGCUUUCAGCUGCAUCAACGUAUCUGGACUUUUUCAAUUCCUCCUAAACUAAAGCAUUUCUGGUGGAGAAGCCUCCAUAAUGUGCUCCCUAAAGCAGCAACUAUUCAAAAGCGCCAUCUCAGCUCUGAUGCCACCUGUGUUCUUUGCGGGGAACAUGAAGAAACAUUGAUUCGUCUUCUUUUCCAAUGUAGAGUAUCUAAAGAGAUUUGGGAACUCUCUCCAGUGAUCGUACCUGCAGAUGUCAUUGCAAAAUCUAUUAUGGAUCACAAGUUAUGGCUUCAAUCAUUAUCUUAUAACAGAGACCCCCAU